AUGGAAGGGCCGCCAUGGAAGAAACUUAGGCUCUCUUUGGAGAGGCCUUACAAAGACGAUGACGGCCUCCCUAUUCCAGUGCUGCUAGACAUCACCCCCGAAGGGCAGCACGUCUACGAACCGAAGGAGGAUCCUAUAGCGAAUGUCGGCGAGAACCUCCGGAGAAUCUUCCUCGAGCGCGGUGUCGACUUCUUCGACAGGAAGAAGGAAGAUCGUGAAAAGCCUUCUGAACCCUUGGCCACUGCUGAGCAAGCGGAGCAGCAUGAGGAGGAGAAUGAGCCCAACAAACCCAUGACGCCGGAGGAGCUCUUCAAAAUGCGGAUGGACAUACUGCCACAACUUCACAUUGCACUGGGUGAAAUGACACAGGCAAGAGACUUGUUGUCAUUGCUACUCUCGUCGACGGGGCCUUCUCAGUCGCAAUCAUCGUCUCAGAACCCAAGUCUGUCAUUCUUACACAGUCAAAUGUCGAGCCAGACGUCUCCGCAGCCCUCAUUUGUCACACAACUGCCGCCAUCUGCAUUGACGGCCACAGUUGUUACUAAGCAGCCACCUAUUCCAUCAGUCCAAGCUUUCGAUGCCCAACUUGUCGUGGGCAGUAAAGACAGCGCUUUGAGGAAGGCAGCGGCCUUACUGAAGUCAGCGGCUGAGAACAUAGAGUUUGGACGAGUGACGAGUGAGGAAUAUUGGAUCAAUGCCCUCAAAAUCAGGCGCAGCAAUUGGGGUCUGGUCCCAGCUCCUUUACCGCCUGGAUCCGCCACAGGCAAGGGUGCAGACAAGACGACGAAGGACUUUCUUGUUACAUUCGGUCUCGAGGAAUCUCCCCUUGUAUUCAGACGGAGAGCUAUUGGCUAUAUUCCCUCACUGGGGACAGAGACCAAAUCUAUUGGAUUCCCUCUGCGACAACACACCCGUUUACAGGUGGCGAUUUCAACGACUGAUGCAAAUGGUGGCCGACGUACAGCUCGAAACCAAAUACCGCUCGUCGAUGGGUUGUCGCUUGAGGGCUCAUUGCGUGCUGCCCAGGCAGAGGUCGUUGAGCAGGAGAUUUUUGCAACCCUCAUCAAGGAGGCCAGCAGUUUACCCACGGCAUCUGCCAGGGUCUCAGAGAGGCUCAUCGUCAUUGAGGCCGCGCAGGACGUAGAUCUACGAUUCGAGCUGGUUGACAGUGACUCUGCAUCGAACGCGGGCUCCGGCAGUGCUGAUACUGCAAAAUGCGACCUCAUAUUCGCAGCCCUACACGUCCUCCUGCUCCGAUCUCACUCUCUGCUGAAGGCCGAACGCCUGAAACGCACAGCGGUCACACGGAUGCAGGGAAUGCCGGCCCCGCCACCACCACCACCGCCGCCAAUGCUGCAGCCCGUCAUCGAUAUACUUCAAUACCAAGUCUUCUGCGAGCGCAUACAUACGGAGGUCAGCACAGUGGUCGACGCUCUCGGCCAGGCAGGCGUCCCCACCCAGCUGCGUUUCGAGGCCGUGGGCGGCAGCGGCGAGGAGUUCAUCCAGCAAUUACGCGAGAGCAAGCCGAAACCGAUUGGUGGUGAAGCCCUCAUUCGCAUUGACAAUCGCCAUUCACUCCGCUUCACGUUUCUCUCGCCCUCGAUGCUCAUCGCGCAUCUACCGCAGGCGACGCUGGGUAUCGCGUCCAUACCUCAGCUGUCCCAAAUUCUUGUGGAUGAAAUUGGAGGCUGUCUCUUGAAGCGAAUAUGCGAAAUCGGCACCGAGCGCUGUCGUUCCGUCAAUGGAACGUGGUCGGUUGAUCUUGUGGCUGAACGAAGCGUGGGUCGGUGGGAAGGAUGUGUAUUGUCAUUCCAUAUUGCUGUGCCGAACGGCUCUUCCAUUGUCUGCACUGGAUCUAGAUUAGACCGGGCUAACGGUCAUCUCGCGACAAUGUCCGAGACAUAUCGGUCUCAUGAAUGUAUUGGGGGGUCAUCGCUCUUCGAGUGGGUGGGGAACGUUAUCGAAGCAGCCUUGUCUAAACAGCCGGCUUCACUGAAACACUGUGAGUGA